GUGGCCCCGCGGCGGCCCCGGCGGGCGGGCCCGGCCCCGCGCUCGCAGCCGCCCGCCGCAAGGACGGCGGGCCCGCCGGCAAGUUCUGGGAGAGCCCCGACACCGUGUCCCAGCUCGACUCGGUCCGCGUGUGGCUGGGCAAGCACUACAAGAAGUACGUUCAGGCAGAUGCUCCCACCAACAAAACACUGGCUGGGCUGGUGGUGCAGCUGCUGCAGUUCCAGGAAGAUGCCUUUGGAAAACACGUCACCAAUCCUGCCUUCACAAAGCUUCCUGCAAAGUGCUUCAUGGAUUUCAAAGCUGGAGGUACAUUAUGUCACAUUCUUGGUGCUGCUUACAAAUAUAAGAAUGAACAGGGCUGGAGGAGGUUUGACCUGCAGAAUCCUUCCCGGAUGGACCGGAACGUGGAGAUGUUCAUGAACAUCGAGAAAACACUCGUGCAGAACAACUGUCUGAGCAGACCAACCAUCUACCUCAUUCCUGACAUUGAGCUGAAGCUGGCAAACAAACUGAAGGACAUUGUCAAACGUCACCAGGGAACAGUAACUGAAGAGAAGUCCAAGGCCACCCACCAUGUUUAUCCAAGUCCAACCUCACUGGAUGACGAUGAAUGGUUGAGACCUGUGAUGAAAAAAGACAAGCAGGUGCUGGUACACUGGGGCUUCUUCCCAGACAGCUAUGACACCUGGGUUCAUGCCAAUGAAAUAGAGGCUGAAAUUGAGGACCCUCCAAUUCCUGAGAAGCCAUGGAAGGUUCAUGCCAAGUGGAUUCUGGACACAGAUGUGUUCAACGAGUGGAUGAAUGAGGAGGAUUAUGAGGUGGAUGAGAACAGGAAAUCCGUGAGUUUCCGCCAGAGAAUCUCCAUGAAAAACGAAGAGCCCGUGCGCAGUCCAGAGCGGAGGGACAGGAAAGCAGCUGCCAGCACAAGGAAGAGAAAACAUUCCCCUUCUCCACCCCCCACUCCUGUGGAGUCCAGGAAGAAGACAGGGAAGAAAGGACAAGCAGCUUUGUACGGGAAAAGGAGGGGGCAGAAAGAAGAGGAUGAACAGGAAGAUCUUACCAAGGACAUGGAGGAUCCCACACCAGUCCCCAACAUAGAAGAAGUGGUACUUCCCAAAAAUGUGAACCCCAAGAAGGACAGUGAGAACACGCCGGUGAAGGGAGGCACCGUGGCAGACCUGGAUGAACAGGACGAGGAGACAGUGGCCACUGGGGGAAAGGAAGAUGAAGAUCCCAACAAAGGGGAUCAGAGUCGCUCCAUCGAUCCGGGGGAAGACAAUGUCACAGAGCAAACCAACCACAUCAUCAUCCCCAGCUAUGCAUCCUGGUUUGACUACAACUGCAUCCACGUGAUCGAGCGCCGGGCGCUCCCGGAAUUCUUCAACGGGAAGAACAAGUCCAAGACUCCAGAGAUAUACCUGGCCUACAGGAACUUCAUGAUCGACACGUACCGGCUGAACCCGCAGGAGUACCUGACGAGCACGGCGUGCCGCAGGAACCUCACCGGGGACGUGUGUGCCGUCAUGAGGGUCCACGCCUUCCUGGAGCAGUGGGGCCUCAUUAACUACCAGGUGGACCCCGAGAGCCGCCCCAUGGCCAUGGGGCCGCCCCCCACCCCUCACUUCAACGUGCUGGCCGACACCCCCUCGGGGCUGAUGCCCCUGCACAUCCGCACUCCUCAGGUUCCAGCUGCUCAGCAGAUGUUGAGUUUUCCUGAGAAGAACAAGGAGAAGCCAACUGACCUGCAGAACUUUGGGCUUCGCACAGACAUCUACUCAAAGAAGACUUUAGCCAAGAGUAAAGGUGCAAGUGCUGGGAGAGAAUGGACAGAGCAGGAGACGCUGCUGCUCUUGGAAGCCCUGGAGAUGUACAAGGACGACUGGAACAAGGUGUCGGAGCACGUGGGGAGCCGCACGCAGGACGAGUGCAUCCUGCACUUCCUGCGCCUGCCCAUCGAGGACCCCUACCUGGAGAACUCGGACGCGUCCCUGGGCCCCCUGGCCUACCAGCCCGUGCCCUUCAGCCAGUCGGGCAACCCCGUGAUGAGCACGGUGGCCUUCCUGGCCUCGGUGGUGGAUCCGCGCGUGGCCUCGGCCGCCGCCAAGGCCGCCCUGGAGGAGUUCUCCCGGGUCAGAGAGGAGGUGCCUCUGGAGCUGGUGGAAGCUCAUGUGAAGAAAGUGCAGGAGGCAGCACGAGCCUCUGGGAAGGUGGAUCCGACCUACGGGCUGGAGAGCAGCUGCAUCGCCGGGACGGGCCCGGACGAGCCGGAGAAGAUGGAUGGAGCUGAAGAGGAAAAGAUGGAAACUGAGGCAGAGGGGCAGCAGGCUGAGAAGGUGGAAAACAAAGCAGAGACUGAAAUUGAGGAAGCAGAGAAAGUUCCAGAAGGAGAAAACGAGAGAAAUGCAGAAAAAGAGCCAGAGGGGGAAGUGUCUGCAGAGCCCAAGUCAGAGGAGAAGGAGGCAGAGGAGAACAAGGAGAACGUUGAUGGGAGCAAAGACAAAGAGAACGAGGCCGGGAAGAAGAAAGUGGAGCACGAGAUCUCGGAAGGAAACGUCGCCACAGCUGCAGCUGCUGCCUUGGCCUCCGCUGCCACCAAAGCCAAGCACCUGGCGGCGGUGGAGGAGAGGAAGAUCAAGUCCCUGGUGGCCCUUCUGGUGGAAACCCAGAUGAAGAAGCUGGAGAUAAAGCUGCGCCACUUUGAGGAGCUGGAGACCAUCAUGGACCGGGAGAAAGAGGCACUGGAGCAGCAGAGGCAGCAGCUGCUGACGGAGCGGCAGAACUUCCACAUGGAGCAGCUCAAGUACGCGGAGCUGAGGGCUCGGCAGCAGAUGGAGCAGCAGCACAGCCAGAACCCCCAGCAGCCCCACCAGCACCCCAGUGGGCCUGGCAUGAACCCCCUGGGGGCCCCGGCACACCCGGGGCUGCUGCCCCACCAGCAGCCCCCGCCGUACCCCAUGAUGCACCACCAGAUGCCACCUCCGCACCCGCCCCAGCCAGGUCAGAUGCCAGGGCCAGGGUCGAUGCUGCCCGGGCAGCCCCUGCCAGGCCGGAUGAUGCCCAGUGUGUCAGCCAACAUCCACCCAGCCGGAGCGGCCCCCCCGCCCGGAAUGGCGCCCAUGGCCGGGAACCUCCUGGGACCGCGGGUGCCUCUGGCAGCUCCCAACGGCAUGUAUCCCCCCCCGGCGCAGCCCCCGCCGCCCGCCGAGGGAGUGACCCCCCCUCCGGCCGGAGCCCCCCCGGCCUCGGCCGCUCCCUAAGCAGCCAAGGAAGAGGGAAGGAGCUUCCACAGCAACACAGUGGUGACCAAAAAGGAAUUCCUCAGCUCCCUUCUGUCCCUGGGAGGGUUUCACCUCCUCUCCCAGCCGCGUGGGUGUGAUUUACACACGCACUUACACGGCGUCCUUCCCCCUCCCCACCUCUUGGAACCCGGCAGGGCUCGGCAUUCCCUCGGGAAAGCUGGAGAUGGGGGGUGCCAGGAGUGCCUCCAUGUUGCUGGUGGGAAGUCCUUUCCCCUUUGGCCUGCUUGCCUUGCAGAGCUCCACGCUGGUUUCCUUCCUCUUGGUGCUUUGAGCUUUGGCUUCUCCCGGGAAGGGUGAAAUAAUCCAGGUUUUAGGGUGGGGGCAGGAGCUGAGCUUUAGGAUGUGGCACGAGCCCACUCUGGGGUGAUUUAGGGUUUUGGGGUCUCUGGGCAGAGCAAAGCACCGAGCUGAGAUGCCAAACCAGUGCUUGGAGCAGAGCAGGAAAGCCAGGGCACGGAGGGCAGGAAUGGCAGCCCUGUUCCCUCGGGAUAUUUGGUCCUCACGGCCGGGGCUGCCCCGCUAACUUAUUACAGGAAAUAUUGAUCCAUGUGAAUGAAGCCAGGAGCGAAUCAAUUGGAAUAAAACCACUCGAUGGUAGGAGUUUUCUUGCUCCAGUUUUUACCUUUCCUUUGCCUUUGGAGGUGGUAGUUGGACCUUCCCUCUGAGUAGUUCGGUGCCGUAGCCAACUGAGGAAUAAACCCCCAUUUUUAGUCCCUCUUUUUGGAGCAUAUACUUUGUACUUUUUAAAAUGAAGAAAACAGGAAAAAAAGAAAAAAAAAAAAGAUAAAGUAGGUAGCGAAGAAGUGCUAGAAUUUGGGAUUGGGUUGGGAUGGCUGGGAUGGGAAUGCCAGAACUACCUCCUGCGGACAGCCGGGGCAGGCAGCGGAGCGCGCUGGGGACACCUGGGGUCACCUCCCCCGGGGCUGAGGGCUGGGGAGGGAACAGCCUCACCAGGCGGAUCUGGGAGCGCUCGGUGAGACCUCCGGGCUGCCAAAACUUGGGAGAAAAACCCUGCAAAAAAUCCUUCUCUGCCCGUGGCUCGGGUUCUCCGCCCUCAUCCUGCCCGGGAGGGUUUGGGGUUCCCUGCCGAGGGUCUGGGGCUGUUCCUGGAUUGGAAGGGUGGCUUUGGCCCUGUGAGGGGGUGUGAGGAUGGGCUGGAGAGAGGCUCCCAAGAAUUCUGGUGCCUCCAGAGCCAUUGGACAAGAAAGGAUUGGCCGGGUCCUCCCGCACGGACUCCGCGGUGCCUCGCAGGAGCGGGGCCUGCCCCCCCAUUCCAGGGCUUCCUCCCCCUCCAGGGUCUUUGGGUGAGCAUGGGAUUUCUGGGGCAGCCCUUUAGUCCAGUUUAGAGUAACCUCAGGUUGUUUUUAGCGUGAUCAAUGCCAGGGAUCCAGGGGGAGACUAUUUUUUACUGUCCUAGUGCUGAUCCUGCCGAGGACCUGGAUCCUGGACACUGUUUUGUUUCUGUAUAAAUAAUCCUUGUGCCGACUUUUUCACCUGAGCUCUGUGUAGGGCCUGUUUGAUUCCUGCAGCAGCCACCCAAUUUUGUGAAAUAAAAGCAAAAAAAAGCG